GCUCCUGGGAAACAAAUGUCCCAGCUCGCGCCCGGCUCUGACGUGAACUCGACGCUGGUCUGCAUCAACCCGCCCCUCUUCGAUGUCUUUCAAACGCUGCUCAGCCCCACGCAGCACCAUGUGGCUCUUGUCGGCCCCAAGGGAAUGAUGGUCCUGGAGCUGCCCAAGCGCUGGGGGAAGAACUCUGAAUUUGAAGGGGGGAAAGCCACGGUCAACUGCAGCACCGUUCCUAUUGCUGAAAGGUUCUUCACUAGCUCAGCAUCCCUCACUUUAAAAUAUGCUGCCUGGUAUCCCAGCGAGUCAUUGGAGCCUCAUGUUGUGCUGUUGACUUCAGAUAACACUAUAAGGAUUUAUAGUCUGAAAGUGCCUCAGACACCUGUGAAGGUGAUUGCUCUUUCAGAGGCUGAGGAGGAGACCUCGGUAGUCAAUAAAGGGAGAGCCUAUAGAGCAUCACUGGGAGAGACUGCAGUGGCGUUUGAUUUUGGGCCAAUUACAUCUGUUCCAAAGAAUGUGGUUGGGCCACGAGGGAAAGAGGAAGUGUUGGCAUAUCCCUUGUACAUAUUGUAUGAAAAUGGGGAGACCUUCCUUACAUACGUUAACCUCCUACAAAGCUCUGGAAACCUUGGUAAGCUGUUGGGUCCACUGCCCAUGCACCCGGCAGCUGAAGACAACUAUGGCUAUGACGCAUGUGCUGUUCUCUGCCUGCCCUGUGUGCCCAACAUCUUGGUGAUCGCUACUGAAUCAGGGAUGCUCUAUCACUGUGUGGUGCUGGAGGGAGAAGAGGACGAUGAGCAGACAUCGGAAAAGUCUUGGGACCCAAGAUCUGACCUGAUCCCUUCUCUGUACGUGUUUGAAUGCGUUGAGUUGGAACUUGCACUGAAACUGGCGUCGGGGGAAGAGGAGGAGCCUGUGGAAUCGGAUUUCUCUUGCCCAAUUAAACUACACAGAGAUCCCAAAUGCCCCAGUAGGUACCACUGCACACAUGAAGCUGGGGUGCACAGUGUUGGGCUAACCUGGAUUAAUAAACUUCACAAAUUCCUUGGCUCUGAUGAAGAAGAUAAAGACAGUUUACUAGAACUUGGAGCAGAACAGAAGUGCUUUGUAGAGCACAUUCUCUGCACAAAGCCAUUGCCAUGCAGGCAGCCUGCUCCAAUUAGAGGAUUCUGGAUAGUCUCUGACAUCUUGGGGCCUACAAUGAUCUGCAUCACCAGCACCUAUGAAUGCAUCACGAGGCCUCUUCUAAGCACAGUCCAUCCAGCAUCCCCACCGCUGCUCUGCACCCGGGAGGACAACGAACCAACAGUCUCGCCUCUCCGCAUCCUGGCAGAAUCACACCAUUCAUUUGAGGAGCACAUCCAAAGCAUCUUGCAGCGGAGCGCUGCCAACCCAUUGCUUUUGAAAUCUGCUGAUAAAGAUGCAGCUCCUCCCCCAGAAGAAUGCCUGCAGCUCCUCAGCAGAGCCAUCCAGGUUUUCAGGGAAGAAUACAUACUGAAGCAGGAUCUGGCAAAGGAAGAGAUCCAGCAGAGAGUGAAGUUACUGUGGGCCCAGAAAAAGAAACAACUGGAAGAUCUUAAUUACUGUCGAGAGGAAAGGAAAAGUCUGCGGGAAAUGGCCGAACGCUUGGCUGACAAGUAUGAAGAAGCCAAAGAAAAACAAGAAGAUAUUAUGAACAGGAUGAAGAAAGUGCUACGUAGUUUUCACACUCAGCUUCCAGUUUUGUCAGACAGCGAGAAGGAGAUGAAGAAAGAAUUGCAGGCAAUACAUGAUCAGCUGCAGCAGUUGGGAAGUGCUAUCAAACAGGUGAAAAUGAAAAAGGAUUACCAGCAAAGAAAGAUGGAAAAGGGGACCAGUCCACGACAACCUAGUAUCACCCUCAGUGCCUACCAGAGUAAAUGCAUCCAGUCUAUUCUGAAAGAAGAGGGAGAGCACAUAAGAGAAAUGGUGAAACAGAUCAAUGACAUCAGAAGCCAUGUGAAUUUCUAGUGGGCCAAUAAGCAGUCCCACAGCAGAAAGCCUGAAGAGUUUUAGUUUUGAGCUGUCUUGGCUCCUACUAUUCCUUGCUAUGUCAAUUUCUCAUUAUUUAACAAGUGUUAUAUACCAGGUUUUACUCAUUUUGUAAAGACUGAUAUUGAAUAAAAUGCUUUUGAUAAGAUUC